AGUCAUCAGAACCAAGAUGUCGCUAUAGCUUCUGACAGUCUAUCAGCACUAUCAAGCAUACAGUCUGGGACAACAUCAUGCAGACAAGACAUUGUCUACCAAAUACUUUAUCUGCUUCUCAUACUUCAUGCUAAGGGGCUGAGUGUUUCCUUCUUCUGGGUUCCUGCACAUGUAGGGGUAGAAGGGAAUGAAAUUGUGGAUGUACUGGCAAAAAGAUCUAUAAAACAUGAAACAGUUGAUAUACAAGUACCAUUAAGUAGAGCAGAGAUCAAAACCCUUAUAAAGGGACACGCGCAUAAAACAUGGCAGGAAUACUGGGACACAGCUGACACCGGACAACACAUAUAUACCAUACAAAAACAAGUAAGCAUGAGUGUGAGGCAGGCCAGAAACCCAAAGGAAGAGAUGAUAAUUAUGCAUCUUAGAAUAGGUCAUGCUGGAUCAAAUCUAGCAUUAAACAGAAUAGGAAAACACCCCCACUGGACUCUGCACACACUGCAGUACACAAGAGACAGUGAAACACAUUCUGUUAGACUGCAAAAGGUAUGAGGAGGAAAGAGCUGAGCUAGAGAUGCAGAUUGGAAAACAAAACAUGACACUAGAGAACUUGCUGGGGAAAACAUCUGGGGAAAUGCACCGCCUCCUAAUGAACUAUUUAAAAAGUACUGGUAUAAGUGAGAGAAUUUAGUAAUCUAUAGUACGAAUAACUAGUAUAUAGCUAUUUAUCUCUUUAUUUUCUUUUAUUUAUGCAGUAUUGUUUUGGUAUUAUUAUUAUGAGUGGUUUUUUUUCUAUUUAAUUUUAGUAUUAUUAUUAUUCCUAUUAUUAUACUUUUUUCUUUUUCUUUUUUUAAAAAGUAUUAUUAUUAUUGCUAUAAUAAUAAUAAUAAUAAUUAUUAUUAUUAUUAUUAUUAUUUAUAUAUUUAUUUAUUCCCCCCCCCCCCCGCCAAUCUACCGCCCACACUCCAGUCCAGUAGGUGGCGGUAAUGCACCUUUAGUGGUUUGCCAACCGCCAUUAAAAACAACAACAAGAAGAAGAACACGAACAUACUAAUACCUGCCGUUGUAUGUAUUAAUAAAACUAUUUCAGUUUAGACUUUAAUAAAAUAAGAGUAUCAGCUUUAAAAUGUUAUUCUAAGCGUCCUGUUGUGUUCAGGUUGUUAUUCUGUGCUAAGUCCUGCUAGCAUGUCAGUAGUGGACAGGUCUCUUAAACAUGUUGCAAAAAUGUUGGACUUUGAACUUAAAUAUCUUUAGAAUAAUAAAUAGUUGUGAUUAUAAAAGAAUCUAAAAUUGCUCAGCUGUAAACUAUUAAUUUGUUGAUAUGUAUUGUGUGAAUAAUGUGACAUGGACAUUUACAUGUAAACACCUAAAAAAAAUCUAAUAUAAAUAAAUAUAAUAAACAGAAUGAAUAUAAUGAUAAUUAAAACAGAUUUAAAUGUUGAUGAAAUAUUGUCUGUAUCCUGAAAAAAAAACAACCAGAUGACAAAAUGUCUUCAUACAGACACUAGACUUGUAUACGUUUCAGUCAUUAUAAUAAUUAUUGUAUAAAUAUUUAAAUUGUAAUAGAUAUCGCAGGAGGCUGUACGAUGCCACCGAGCCUGUAAAAAACAUCAUUAAUUAUUGAAAUCUGUAAUCUUCUGACGUUAAUGGAGAAUAUAUCAGUUAUCUGAUUGAUGAUAUUCGUCACGGUUUAAACUGUUUUGAAAUGUUUUUAUUUCUACGUGUUUGUUGUUUAUAAAAUGUAAGUUAUGUAACCUGGAAAAGGAUUGAAAGAUUUGGGGCAGAAAUAACACACGAUUAGAUUAACAGUGGAGUUAAUGUCAGUGUUAUCACAGUCCUAAUGAUGUCCAUGAUACUCUCUAAAACAUAUCGAUUAUUAUAUUAUAUUAUAUACGAUAUAUUGUAUAUAAACUGACCAGCUUGUUUUGAAUUUGAACAAACAGGUGUGAAGAUCAUAAAUCGUAAAUUAAAGCCAGAGUGAGUCGUCUCUGAAACGAGACUCUUCCGUCAUUUGCCUAUCAGAGAUCCGUUUUUCUUUAACUCCACAUCUGAUCUGGUCUGAUCUGAGCUUCUUCUCUCUCAUAUCUGUGGUUGCAUGCGAACAUUAUAUCACAAACAUCCUGUGUUUUACAUCCACCGCGUGUAAAUGCAGCGUAACCACAGCGAUGUCGAAAAAUAACUAGAGCCUCUGAGUGUUUAAGGUUCCAUCUAAAACGUCUGUUUUAUUCUCAUUCACAAAUUCUUGUCUAGUUCGUGUUCUCAGUAGAACGUCGGCCAUUUUGGCUCUCAUACAUUGGAAUUCAUGUUCGUGUUCUCAGUAGAACGUUGGCCAUUUUGUCUCUCAUAUUUUAGAAUUCAUGUUCGUGUUCUCAGUAGGGACUCUGCUGUUUCUAAGGCAUUACUCACAGGAUUAUUUCUCCCUUUUUAUUGUGAACAGAGAAAUGUCUCCAGAGGAGCUGUUGUUCAUGGGGUUCUUCUCCAUAUACAUACCUGUGGGGGUCCUGUUCCGCUACCUCAGUCCUCAAGUGAAGAAGGGGGCAGCGUUGAGUUUGGGUCUCCUCAUGACCAUCGGCACGUGCGGGAUACACACUUUACACUCGCUGUGCACCAUUCUGGGAACGUGGCUGCUCAUCCGAGUCAACUGGAGGAAAGCUCCGCCUCUUUCUCUCGGAUGGACGUUCCUUUAUCUUUUCUUCUUCCGUACAGGCACGUGGAUCGGACUUCCGCCUCCGGAACUGUUCCCUAACAUCAUCCAGCUUCUCCUCACCCUGAAGAUGGUCAGUUUGGCGUAUGAGGUUCGGAGCUAUCACUUUGAGAAGGAAAAGGAAGUGAGCUCGUUCUCCAAGUCGCCCGUUAUUGGCCGGCUCUCUCACGAGCCCUCCCUCUAUGACAUCAUCUCCUACAGCUACUGCUACGUUGGGCUCAUGAUUGGGACUUUCUUCCGUUAUCAGACGUAUGUGGACUGGCUUGAACAGACCGAUCCUCUUUCGCUGCCGUGUAAAGUGCCGUGCCUGAGCAAGUUGAAGAUGGUUCCUGUUUAUGCCGCUCUCGCCCUGGGUGUUGAUUUCCUGUUCCCAGUUUCCUACGUUCGCACCGACGACUUCCUGGACCACAAUUUCUUCUUCAGGUUUUUCUACAUGGUGGCGGUGUGCUUCGCGUUCCGCAUGAAGUUCUACUUUGCGUGGCAUGGAGCCGAGGCCGGCUGCAUCACCGCGGGACUCGGGUGCUACCCAAAGGGGUCGGAGUCAAAACCAGGAUGUGGACCUACAGUGCAGUACAGCCCCGAGCCCGGUGCUCUGGUCGAGUAUGACUUCAGAACCAUCCAGAACAUUGACUGCUACAACACAGACUUCUGUGUGAAAGUGCGACAAGCUAUGCGCUACUGGAACAUGACGGUGCAGUGGUGGCUUCAUCAGUACAUCUACAGCAACGCACCUUUCAGAGCCUACACCCUGAGAGCGGGAUGGACGAUGUUGGUGAGCGCAUUCUGGCACGGUCUGGACGCAGGUUAUUACCUGUCCUUCCUCACCAUCCCGGUAUGUAUCGCUGCAGAGUUGUCGAUGGAGUCGUCUGUGCGCGCGCGUCUCGGCGCUGAGGGACAGAAAAUGUUCGACUGGGUGCACUGGUUCCUGAAGAUGCGCACGUACGACUACAUAUGCAUGAGCUACGUCCUGCUGAAUGCCAGCGACACGCUGCACUACUGGAGCUCUAUUUACUUCCUGAUCCAUGUCAUGGCCUUCAUCUGUAUCGCCGCCGGACGACUGAUAGGGGGAGGGAAGAAGGAGAGGACGAGGGAGGAGCGCGAGAAGUGACACUCCGAACUGCCGAACGCAUUCCGCAGUGCAUUAUGGGAUGUUAGGCGCGCUGGGUGUUUCAGGUUAUAAUCGCAGGGUGUCUGUGGGUCCUUAAUAUGUCUUACAUUCCUUAAUGUAAAAAUAAAGCCUUAAUUAGUAUUAAAAUGUCUUAAAUUCACGUUUCAAAGGUUUUAAAUAUCCAACCGGACCGACAUCGUAAAGAAGAUAUAGAUGUUAUUUUUGCUCGUUGCUGUAUGAGACGGUGAACCCGUCUGACUGUGUUGCACUCAGAAACAUUUUUGUGGGCAGAGGUUUACAGCAUUUCACCUCAUGGGCAAUGAGAAGUGAAUUUUAAAAAACUGAGGACUUCCUGCAGUUUUCCGGCAAAAUGAAAGCCACAAGGUCUAACGUUUCUGACUUCCUUCACUUUUAUAUUACUAUUGUUAUAGUACUAUUACUAAUUGUACCCCGAAAUAAAAUUUUUAUUGUUGUUGUU